CCUAUCUGCCCAUUCAAUGCGAAUUCAAAGCAGCGAGAACAGUGGAAUAGUUUAGAGACACUGAAGGUUCCGGAGUCCAUCCCAAAAAAUGUUUAGCUUAUGGACAAUUUCUGUUGUUGUUUCCUACUUGGCAACAAUAGUGAUUAUAUCCCAAGCCGAGGAAUUCGUGGUACGAGAUACCCUUUAUGGUCGGAUCAGAGGCACUGUUAAAACUGUGCUGGGUUCCAAGAAGGUUGAACGAUACCUGAGCAUUCCCUAUGCAGCACCUCCUGUAGGAGAACUCCGAUUUGAGUACCCCGAGGAACCCACUGCAUGGAAAGAUGUACGAAACACGACAGCGCUUCCCCCUGCUUGUCCCCAAAGACCGGCAUUGUUGUCCUACGUGUCUUCACACCGUCCUGGAUUCAAUAACACUGACGAGGACUGUUUAUACAUGAACAUAUAUGUUCCGCAGAUUGGAGAAGAUAGGAUCAAGAUGGCGGUCCUUGUUCACAUUCAUGGGGGCAGCAAUCAUGCGGGCAUGGGAGCCAUGUUAGAUGUGGAUACCUUGGCAGCAGAAGGGGAGAUCAUUGUUGUCAAUUUUAACUACAGACUAGGUGCAUUCGGUUUCCUAAGUGGUGGACAGCCGGAGUUUCCAGGAAACUAUGGUCUGCUGGACCAAACUGCAGCGCUACAAUGGGUUUCUCAAAAUAUUCAUUUCUUUGGAGGUGAUCCAAGCAAGGUUACCGUCGAAGGACACAGUGCCGGGGCCGCAGAUGUUGGCUACCAUAUUGUGUCACCACUGUCAAAAGGAUUAUUCCGUUUCGCCAUCAUACAAAGUGGGUCGCCAACGGCCGAUUGGGCAUCAGCACUUCAGCAUCCAGAGGUUCUUACCAGCUUAGGCGAGGAUAUCGGUUGCAGCAGUUCCAAGGAUCUGCAAAAACUAAAACAGUGUCUAAAGACGAAGACACUGAAAGAAAUACACGGAACUGUUUACGCGCGUCUUGGUUGUUCUUCUUCGGGACUUUGUUUGCGCAUAGUAGUAGACGAUUUCUUUGUGGAAAAGCACGUGGACACUCUGUUUAAAGAGGCUGAACUGAAUGGGGAAGCCUUUAUGGCUGGAAUAACAAGGGAUGAAGGAAGGGAAUGGGGCUUAUACAGUUCCAUUUUGCUGACCCCAAAGGAUAUGCAAAUCGACAACUUCAAUUUGGUUGAAAGCAGCGUCAUUGCUCAUGAGUACUACCCAUGGAAUCACCCUCAGAACAAGACGGCUCGUGCUAUUGCAAUGGGUGAAAUUUGGGGCGAUAACGACAUAGCUGCUCCUACCUUCGAUAUAGCUACACGUAUCGCUGCCAGGACGGACAACAUCUACUUUUAUUCCUUUGAUUAUGCAUCACCUUCUGCCAAGGUGCAAGGCGUCCCACAUGGACGCGACCUGUUCUACCUCUUCGGCUGUCCUUUCUCUGGACAUCCCCUGUACAACUAUACGGACGAGGAUCGAGAGGUCAGCAAAGUCUUCAUGAACAUGUGGAUCAACUUCGUCAAGACAGGGAAGCCUUCGUCCACAGUCGAAACAGACCCAGUAUACUUCCAACAGUUUGAUAGCGAGAUUCAAGCAUACAUGAAAAUCGAUGGGGUUGAUGGGAAGGGAACAGUAAAGACAGCAUACAAGCCUCGGGCUCGCCAGAUGGCCUUCUGGAAUAGUGUGAUGCCACAGAUUAUUGCUCUCCAAUCAAACACGACACAAACUGAAAAAGAAAAAUACGGUGUUCUAACCUGGACUUUUCUUUUUGUGAGUGUGCUAUUGUUGUGUGUCUUUGCAGGUGCCGUGUGUGCGGUACGAAAACAUUGUCAUUAUAGGCAAGCAAACUAAACGUCGUUGGUACCAGUGAAGGUCCGGGUUAGAACGAACCUUCAGUAACCCAUGCUUGUCGUAAGAGCCGACUAACGGGAUC